GAGCGAUUGCUCAGAGGAUUGUGCACUGAGAGCUAAACUCUAAUGACCUCAAGAAAUGAAAAGCAAAAACACAAAGUAAGCGCUCAAAAAAUGCACUCGGAACUAGUACAAGGUAUUGAUGCAUGUCCGUGGUGAUAACCUCACACGUCGUGCACGUGGUACAGCUGUUCCUGGACAAAUUAUAAUAUAUAGAACACUCUUCCAGGGACAGGCACAGGGAGAGAAAAACAAAGACUGCCUCUCAUGCAUGAUUUUCAACAAUCUUCAAAAGCAAAGCAUCAUCUUCGUUUCUUUCAAGUGCCUCUGCCACGACCACUGGCGUCAUACCUUCACUUCUUCUUGUUCGACCGAAAGAGAUGAACAAAGUAGCUAUUAGAAGACCGCUGCUCCUCUCUGUGGCAGCAAUUGUGGUGAUAGCAGACUUUAUCCUGCUGUAUUGGUUCUGGGACUUGCUUUCUGCAGAUGCCCAACUUCUGAUGGAUUUAUACAGCGGCAAGCGGAGAAGAUCAGCAGCAGCACGCUCUCAUGGGAGAACGUCGGGAGCAAGCCAACGUGGAGAUCUUCGAUAUUCUAGCCCGACUCCUCAUCUUCGGCACGGGUGGCUUUCAACCGACGCUGAUGAUCUACUUGUCUCUUAUCGCCAAAACUACGAUGACACACAUCCAACAGUGCCUGGCGAAGAGCCGCAAGCAGGUUCUUCUAGUGCUUCUUCCGUAGCAAAAAGUCAAGUUGAACGAAAAGAGUCGAAGACAGGCAGACGUGAGCAGGAGGGGUGCAGUGUUCUGGAGGAAGGCUGCCCUGGAUCAGAUUCGGACGCGGACAUGGAACACAAGCGCGAAGUUAGAGCCGGCCUCACGGCGCAGCACAAGCGGAUGACAAGCCAGCUGGAGGCCGCACGGAAGGAAAGGCUUGCGUCUCCACGACAGCUCCAAAAGAGCACGAGAGACGAUGGAGAGGCGAUGUUGAACGCAGCACUCGUGAACAAGAUGAAAGAGCAGGUGACGGAGACGGAAGGAGCGAUCACGCAGCUCAAAAAUGACAUUGGGGCAAAGCGCCAGGCUACUCAGGACGCUCAAGCCAGGCGAGAUGCCGCGAAAGCAGAACAGGAAGCUCAGAGGCAGCAGGGACAACUAGAACACGUGACAAGACAAGAGGAGGCGAGGGAGCGCGAACAGGCUCGACGGGAUCUGCCCCACCAGUCUGCGGAAACGGUAGAUUCGGCUGCAGAGCACACUACACAGCAGAAAGGCAACACCGCUCAUCCUAGGCGGCUGGAAGUAGAUGAGCAGGCGGCAGACCGAGUCAUACAGGAAAGCGUACUGAAAUCCCUCAAGUCGGGGAGUCAGGGAUUUGAGGAAGAGAAAAUUGAGGAGGCUUGUAGUGUCUUCGUCAAUCGCGCCCGGCGCUUCUAUAAAGUAAGGCAAGUGACUGAUGUAGUAGAUGGUGAGGUGAUCUACGCCUGUUGCGACACUCACAGGUUCUCAGAAGCAAAGUUUAAGGGAGAAAUAGUGCAGCUUAAAGACUACCACAAAAGAUGGAAAAACCACGUCAUAAGUGCAGAAGCUGAAAGAAAACUGUCGAGAAGCUACCGCACUUCAACAGAUCCUGCUGCGAAGACAAAAGCGAGAAUUCUAGGGGCUCUAUCAAACAACGCGGCUCUAGAGAAGAAGGCAGGGAUUUGCAACUGAAGCAUAUUUCAACAAGCAGCUGCAUGGAGGGGGAAGGUCAACAUCAAUAAGCAGAAGUAGAGAAACAACAAGUUGUACUUAAACAAGAAGAUCUGCAACAGUACCACAACGACAUGAAUCCAGCCUCGUAUCUCUGGAUAUUAAACAAGAAAGAUGAAAAGGAAUUCGUGAAAAUUACAUAACACACUUAUGGAUCUGAUCAAUUUGAUCAUUAGACUGAUCUACUGAUGUUUGUCUGACAACCGGUAAGAUAAUGAUGUAAAUGGAGGGAUAAGAU